CCUGGGCACCCUACAGAUCUCCUUCGGGCGAAUGAUGUUCGACAUCCUGAAGUUCAUCACGAUCCUAGCGCUGGUGAUGUUCGCGUUCAGCUGCGGGUUCCACCGGCUGUACCGCUUCUACGGCUCCGUGCACGGCUACAUGUGCGACACGUACGGAGAGAGCAGCCUCAAAAUCGUCAGCUGUGCCAGGCCGCAUGGAUAUGCCACACUACUCGCUACUGCGGAGUCGCUGUUCUGGGCCCUGUUCGGCAUGGGGGACCUGAACAUGCUUGAGCUGACGCCGCGUGCCAGUCCGGAGGGGGUGCUCCACAUCAUGGGAAAGCCGGUCUUCACGGAAACCCUGGGCAAGAUCAUGUUCGUCAUGUAUCACGUGAUCGCCGUCUUGGUGCUGCUGAACCUGCUCAUCGCCAUCAUGAGCGCCUCCUACCAGAUCACGGAGGAUAACAAGGAGGUGGAGUGGACGUACCGGCGGCUGCAGGACGUGAUGUUCCACCGGCGGGUGGGCCUGACCCUCCCGCCGCCCUACAACCUGCUGGUGCUGGUGAAGGACGUGACGGGGUGGGCGUGGCGUCGGGCUUCACCAUGGCAACGGCGCCGAGAUGUCGGUUCCCAUGGCAACGAGGAGGAGGAAGCACGGAUAGCGAAGACCUCAGAGGAAACGUACAAGAUGGUGGUAGAGCGGUUGGCAAAGCGGUACAUUCUUCGCCGGGAAAGAGCGACCAACGGAACUGGGUAGAAACCUACUCUCCAAGCAGAGGUUAGGCUCCGGCUGUUUUU